AUGCUCUCAGCGCUGCCGAUUCAUUUCAACGUCGCCUGCGAGCCGCUCACUCCCCCCUCUCUCCCCUUUCGGGCUCAGGCGUCCUCUUUCACAUUUCGAUGAUAAAGUGCCAUCCUUUUUCGUUUUUUUACCCCCCCCUUUUCCUUUUGAUCGUUUCGUUUUAGCCUCGCCGGGAAGAGCCGAAGUUUAAACCCGCCCUGCGAGCAGCUGCCGCCCCGGAGACAAACGCCGGAUCCGGGUCUCUCUCGAUCCCGCACAUCGCCCGAACGAAUUUCUCGAGGAGGGGGAGGAGGAAGUUAUCAUCGACUUCAGUGAAGUUGUUUAUUGAAUAUCUUCCCCGGAGAGGACGCCUCAUCCACCGGGCAUCAUGACUCGCAGGUCCUGUUGCAUUUACGCCACCGGCAUCGUGUGCGCUCACCUCCUGAUCGUGGGGAUCGCCCUGGUCGUGGCUCAAGUCUUCCAAACAAUGAUCCACAGCCGCUUAAAAAAGGAAAUUACCCUGACCGAGAAUAGCCAAAAUGUUGGAAGGAUGAAAGAUCCACCUCCACCCGUUUAUAUGGAGUAUUACUUCUCCAACGUCACAAAUCCAGAGUUGUUCUUGGCGGGUGGGAAGGCAGCUGUUAAACAGAUCGGACCAUAUACUUACAGGGAAUACCGGCCGCGGGUGAACAUCACCUUCCUGGAGAACGGAACCAAGCUUUACGCCCUCAACCCCAAAACCUUUGUGUUUGUGCCGGAGAAGUCCGCUGGCAACCCCGAGGUCGACCUGAUCAGGACCGUGAACAUCCCGUUUGUGGCGAUCAUGAACGAGCUGAACUCCUACUCCUUCUUCCUGCGAACUGCGGUUUCCAUGUACUUGAAGAGCCUGGGCAUCGAGGUGUUCAUGACCCGCACGGUCCACGAGGUCCUGUGGGGCUUCAAAGACCCUGUUCUCACAAAGGUCCACUCCUUGAAGCCCGAGGUGGACGAAUACUUUGGGCUGAUGUGGAAGAAAAAUGGCACCCAUGAAGGCGAAUUUGUGUUCCACACCGGGGAGGAGAACUACCUGGACUACGGCAAGAUCGACACUUGGAACGGCUUGAGGAAGAUGUCGUGGUGGUCUUCAAAUCAGAGCAACAUGAUCAACGGCACGGACGGCGCCGUCUUCCACCCGCUGAUCAACCGGAACGAGCUGCUCUACAUCUUCGCUGCAGAUCUCUGCAGGUCCAUCCAUCUAGGCUAUGUUAAAGACGUCGAGGUGAAAGGCAUCCAGGCGUACCGCUUCGCCCCCCCCAACGACGUUCUCAUGAACCCCAAAGAGAACCCCACCAACGCGGGCUUCUGCGUGCCGGCGGGGGACUGCCUCAGCACCGGGGUGCUCAAAGUCAGCGUCUGUCGAGAAGGUGCUCCCAUCGUGGUGUCUUUCCCCCACUUCUAUCAAGCAGACCCCAAGUACAUCAACGCCGUUGAGGGGCUCAGCCCCAACAAGGAGGAGCACGAGACGUACCUCGACCUGCAGCCGACCACUGGCGUCCCCAUCCGGGCCUGCAAGAGGGCUCAGCUCAAUAUCAUCCUGAAACGAGUCCAAGGCUUCCCCAUAACCAAGUUAAUCAACGAGACCAUUUUCCCCAUCAUGUUCGUCAAUGAGACGGCGACCAUUGACGACGAUUCUGCAUCCCAGAUGAGGACGAUGCUCCUCAUCGUGACUCUCGUGUCUAACUUCCCUCUGCUCAUCGUGGGCAUGGGCAUCAUCCUGCUGCUGGUGCUCGUCGUCUUGUUCUGCCGAAACCGCCAGAAGAAGAAUGAAGUAAAACGUAUUGAUUUUACUGAAGCUUUUCAUUCUUUUACUACGGUCAAAGACGACACGGCCUACACUCAGGUCAGCGACAAACCCGACGAGCCGUCAGCCAACCAGCCGACGAGGAACGGCUCCUACAUCGCCAUGUCUCCAGUGGAGGCCCAGAAGUGUUGAUCGAGGACCCCCCCUACCCCCACCCCGACCCCACCCCCUCCAGAGUGUGGGGCUCAGGAAAGGGGCCCGAGGGAGCAGCACAGGGGUGUCAGAUGUGCAUACACAGCGGGCUAAUUUAGUACUUUUUUUCCAGGGGGAUAGGGGGAGGGGCGGGACACAAACCCCUGUAAAUGUUUAGUCAAACAAAAACAAUGCUGCUCUCACUGAGCCCUCUUACGGCCUCCGCUAUACCUGCUGAGCAUGGCCCUCACUGCCUGCCGUACCGCAAAACAAACUCCCACACUCUCAUUCCUCCUUUUCCACGCCGGUCGGCCUUAAGGGACCCCGGGGGGCGCGCGGCGCGUGCCGGGCGGGCCCUUUUUUAUUUCCAUAAUUCCUCCCGAGGGAGCGCGUAGAAAAGGUGUCUCUGGGGGCGACGAUCCUCCCAGCAGGCUGACGUCGCGCCGAGAGGGUUUUAGUAUUAAGCAGAACAACCGCGGGCGGCGUCACUGACGGGUUCCACGCUUCUUUCCUCUCCGUCAGGGGAGAACGUGUGUUUUUUUUGUUUUUUUUUAAAAAGCCCCCUUCAACCGAAUGCUUAGGACAGAACUCUGAGCUCCUUCGCUUGGAGCGUAACGUGUUUCUUAUGCUAAUUAAAAACUGGACUUGGCACACCCUUUUUUUUUUUUUUUGUAGAAACAAAGAAAAAAUAAAUUAAAAAAAAGAGUGUAGAGGAAAAAAAACACUGAGCCGAACUAUUUAUAGCAUUUGUCUUUUUGUCCCCUUACGGUGAAUCAUUGCACCCAAUCACCGCCACCCCCUCCCAAUCCCUCCAGAACACUAGUUAAACCAAUAUUCAGCGGAAUUUCCAAGUCCUCAUCGGUGAAGGUGAUGGCUGUUUCAGCCAUGACGUCACUAAAGAUGCCACCAGUAGCUUGCUAGAGUUGCUCCUUUUUUGCGCUCGGCUUCUUCACACCUUCAAAAAGACGCCCACGGAACUUCCAAGGGAGGCUUGAACCUGCUUUCUGCCUUACAAUGGUUCAGCGCGUUCCUGCAUUGUGAAGAUGAGCUGGAAACGUCUCCAUGUGUUAUUGUACAUGUGUAAAAGGGGAACCAAUACGAUACCUCUGACCGAAAUCCAGCAAACAGUCGUUCUCGGUGUGCUGAAAGACACUAACUUUGCGACGGUGUCGACCGCUCCUGCACGUCUACACUUAUUAGAUAAAGCACAAUUUGGCUUGCGUAAAGCAGUCCUCUCACAACUACCAGGUUUUUUUUUUCCUUUUUUUCCCCCCUACUAUAUAUAUUUACAGCUGAUUGGUCAAAGACACUGUCAAAAGUGCCAUGAAUAUAUAUAUGUUAAAAAAAAAGAAGGCGUGAUCUUUGGCGGCUUUGAUGGAGCCGCCGUGCUGUCAUCGGUUUGCCGAGGAGCUGGAGGCAUUCGGGCAAAAACGCAGCACUUGAAUCACUGUUUUGUCUUUUUAUGUUUCGUGUCUUCUCAUUUUUCUGUCCACCGCACGCCUCGCCAAGUCAAACCCAGUGGUAGUCGCUAAUGGCAAGUGAAUUCAAGGCCAUAAUCCUGUCAUCGUGGAAAUAUUCCCUGCACUUUUCCUGGAAAUUGUGCCCUGUGUGUUUUUCGUUUUUCCUUGUCGUUUGUCUCGUUGGUUCAAUGCAGGUGGUCCAUACGUUCAAUACAUUUCAAUGGUUUGUUGCUAUCGAGUGUGAAGGAUGUUGAUGUGAACACGCAUCCAUGCCUCUGUUACUUGCUUUUCAGCACAUGGAGUGUCUUCUUUUGAUAUACUUUUUGUAUUUUGUUAUUUGCUGCUGCUGCUGCUAAAAAAAAAAAGAAAAAAAAAGGCCAUAACCUAAUGGACUUGUAUUUGUACAUAUGUGCUCGUAUCCUGUUCCAGGUUGACCCACAGAGGUUUUCUGUGUUGCCAACCCCCCCUUUUUGACAACUGAGCACAAGAUACAAAACAUUAAACUUGCUUCCAUUUAUUGGAAUUAGCAGCUAGUUUAUCACGAGCAACACUUUUUGUAAAUGUAUCUCACUUAACACACUCGUUCCUCUUCUUAGCUGACCGUGACCAUAUCCCUGGUGUGGAAGUAAGAAAUCAUUGUAGGAGCAUUGUAGGAGUACUAAGCUUAAAGAGGGCGGAUCGCUUUGUCUGAGAUCGGUGAUAGAGGUCGGAUUCCGGGUUCGUUUAACACUGGUGGAGACGUUCAAGUUCCAUUAAGGUUGAAUCACUUCACUAAAGGCCUUUUUAUUCCACCUACAUGGAAGCAAGCACCGCCUUGUGCAAACUCACAGUACAUCGUUAUCAACCUUUUUAAAAAAAGAAGAAAAAAAACGACCUGUAGAGACCUUAAUCCCGGGAGUUGUGUGUGUGUGGUGCCGUGCUUGCACAGCGUCUUUUCAAACACGCACACCCGGGUCAUCCACUGUCUGACCUCUACUGCACCGACCUUUGGGUCCAAUCCUUGCUUGACCAAAGAUAACCUAAUAGAUCUGCCCCGGCGCCGAGUUUACUCUCCUGUCAUAACGCUCGUACCACAAAACCACCGGCCAACACAUUUCUUUUCCUUUUUUAUUGUGCAACCUUUAAGUAUUUUCAGCGGUGUUGUGUGAGCGUUAACAUGUGUCCAUGUGCCUUUUCUACAAUAAGGCAAGAAAACAGAAGAAAUUUCACAAGUUGGAUUGAUGGGUAUUGCCGUUUUUUUUUUUUUUUGUUGUUUUUUUUUUGUCCACCAGGAGCAAAGAAAAGUACUUGAUGCUCUUUGUGAGCUGAUGUCAGUAUUAUAUAAGACAAAGCAAUACGGCGUUGUGUAAAACUAAUCGAUUUGUAAGGGGCCACACAAUAUUUAUGUAUCUUUUCUUUAACUGAAGCAUUUCUUGUUUCCUUUUAUUUAGUUUUUUUCUUUAAUGGUUCUAUUACUUUUCAUUACUGAUUUCAUUUUUUUUUCAACACUGAAAAUACAAAAAGUGUUAAAGAUGGACCAGUAUGUGGCAGUGUGAGCUGUCCAGAGACCUGUUAACUGUCUGUAAGCGUGUUCAUGAAUGGUUUAAGAUUUGGGUGUCUGAGAACUUGUGUGAGUGAAUUUGUUUGUGGAGCUCAAGCACCACAUCUGUCGAACCGAAGUGGUUUUUUUUACUGGAAGGCUGAUUAUCUCGAUGACUGAGUAAAGUAACACAUUGAUGCUGUGUAAACCUAAUCUAGAUGAAUGAAGCCCUCCUUCAGGGAUGAGCACUAGUGCCAUACCAUCCUUUAUUAUUGUUUCCCUCUCUGUUGUAACAACUGCAUCUGCCCAGUUUGAUGUUUUGAAGUCACUAACAGACGUCUCCUCUUGAUAUUUCUUAUUUGUUUUGCUGCUGAAAAUGACAAUCCUUGUCAUGUGCGGUGCAAAACGAAUAAUAAGUAAUAUCCAUUUUUAGUUUUGAUAAUUUACACUGCACAGAUGUUUCUACAGUGCUUUUGUAAACAUUUAUAGUGUAUUUGCAAAAAAAUAAAAGCUGCACUUGAGUGCAAAAGGUCA